UCGCACGCUGCUCUGGACGUGCCUGAGGCGCAGGGUCGGAGCUGGGGUUGCUCUUGCGGCGCUGAGCCCCAGGUGGGCAGAGAGGGGCUGUCAGGAGGGCGGACCGUGGCGCUCCUGUACCGCUGCUGCUUUUGCGGUGAAGACCACCCGCGGCAGGGCAGCAUCCUCUACAGCUUGCUCACGAGCGCAAAGCAAUCGCACGUGGCUCCUAGGGCGCCCGAGGCACGGCCUAGAGGCGCGUGGUGGGAGCGCGCCUACUGCGCGCAGCGGCUGGGGUGUAGAGAGGGGCUACCGGGCGGGCGGGCAGUGACAUUCUUGUGUCGCUGCUGCUUUUGCGAUGACCACCUGCCGCGGGGCAGCAUCCUCUACAGCAUGCCCAGGAGCUCAAAUCAAACGCCUGUUCCAGAGGAGCAACCGAGGGCCCCCUGGUGGGACAUCUGUGGCGCGCAUCAGCCAGUAGCCCUCAAGAAUCCACAGGUGGUCUGCGAGGCAGCCUCUGCCGGCCUGUUGAAGACGAUGCGCUUCGUCAAGUACUUGCCCUGCUUCCAGGUGCUGCCUCUGGACCAGCAGCUGGUGUUGGUGCGCAGCUGCUGGGCGCCCCUGCUCAUGCUCGAGCUGGCCCAGGACCGCUUGCACUUUGAGACGGUGGAGAUCUCGGAGCCCAGCAUGCUACAGAGGAUCCUCACCACCAGGCGGCGGGAGACCGCGGGCGAGGAGCUAUCGCCCCUGCCCACGAUGCAGCCACAUUUGACAUCGCCACUGGGGGCCAGGCAGUUGCCUUCAGCCGCCGACAUCCAUGCUAUCAAGAGCUUCCUUGCCAAAUGUUGGAGUUUGGACAUCAGUACCAAAGAGUACGCCUACCUCAAAGGGACCGUGCUCUUUAACCCAGACCUGCCAGGCCUGCAGUGCAUCAAGUACAUUCAGGGACUUCAGUGGGGAACUCAGCAGAUCCUCAAUGAACACAUCAGGAUGACGCGCAGAGGGUACCAGGCCAGAUUCGCUGAACUGAAUAGUGCCCUUUUCCUGCUAAGAUUCAUCAAUGCCAAUGUCAUUGUUGAACUCUUCUUCAGGCCCAUCAUUGGCACAGUCAGCAUGGAUGAUAUGAUGCUGGAAAUGCUCUGUGCAAAGUUGUGAAGACCCGUGGGCCACAGAAGUACACUGAACCAGGAAGGAAGGAUAAAGAGUCAUGGGCAGAAGAGUGUCAAAUAUUGUAAAAUAAACUUUCUUAUUGUUUUUACCUGCAUAGUAUUUUUGUAGUCAAUGAAAGAAAUACUUUAGUUAUAACUUAACAAUCAUCUGUUCCAUCCUGUUUCAUUGUGAGAGGAUAACAUACCUCUGUGCAUCUUUAAGGGAAGAACAGGAUGCUAUAUACAGGGUCUUCAAAAAGUUCAUGAAAAAUGUGUAUUAGGAAACAUGAUGUGUGGAUUCCAAUGUUUUAUAUCAAAAUAAACUGGUAUUUCGACUCAAUUUUUCCAUGAACAUUUUUGAAGUUCUCUCAUACCAAUAAGCUAUUUUCAUAAAUUUGGCAAC